AUGCGAGGCCUCGCGUACCGCGGGUUCGGCUAUGCCAAGAAUAUUGCGGGCUUCCUCGUCAUCCUCCUCAUCCUCAUGGACGCGCUUGUGAACAACUGGACGCUAAGCAACUACCUCGGGGGUGGAUACUUUUUCUUGACGCCGCUCGGGUCUGUCCAGAACGCGCGGCAGCUCGAGACCAAGUACAGCUACAUGCGCGGUCUCUCGAUCAAGAACUUGUCCAACAUGGGUCAGUGGAUGUCGAACUUUACGAUCAUCAACUUUGUGCAGAAAAGCGACCGGUUCUACGUCAUCUCGGCGGGCGAAUACGACUUGACGCCGGCCAUGUUCAAAAAAGUGAAAUUGGCACUUGCGACCGACGCGACGACCUACUACCGCGGCAACAUGCUCACGCACAUGUUUACGAACGAUGCGACCGUCGACGUGGCGACGCCGGAUAUGCGCAGCGCCGACGUCAUCGCGCGCGGGUACCUCCCCGGCCAGACGACCGUCGACAAGCGCUUCACGCGCGACUUUUCGAUCCAGAAUACGUCGUCUGAGCAGACCCAGGUCGUGCCCUACUUUCGAAUCCUCUCACGCAACUACUGCACCGGCUGUGACCCGGUCGCCGAGCUCGGGUACUCAACAUGCGAGUUCAAAAUGGUCUACAAUGACGCGGCCAAGACGCUCACGGUCACGUCCAGUGCCUUUGUACCGGGCUCGACGUACAAGCUUGGGUCCACGGUCCUCAAUUCCGCGUUUGGCCAAGUCGCGAUCGUGACCAAGCUCAUCGCGAUUCUAUUCGCCAUCGCGGGAUACCUUGCGGGCCGGCGCACGAUCCAGUGGCUCGAAGUGGACCCGGCGAAACCCGACUCGAUGCUCACCAAGGUUCUUCGGACGGUCAUUCCAAAGUACUUUCCGUACCAGAGCGACGCGCUCAGCUACGACAUGUUCAUGUACAACUCGGACAUUUUCGUGCUGUUGUACACGUUCGCGGUGCUCCUCGACUUGCAAAACAGCAUGCAACACACGCGCAAUGUCAACUUCUACAACGCGCUCGCGCCACGGUUCCUUGUGUCGAUUGAAAUGUUUUCCCUCUCGCUGCGUCUGCUGUGGGGCAACCUCGCGAUCCUCAAGCUCGCCAAAUUGCUCUGGAACCUCCUCGGCAUUGCGUCGUACAAUGGCCAGAGCACGACCAUGGGCUUCUUCAAUUUCUCCAGUGUCACGUACCUCUACCUCUCGGCGAUUCUGCUCUUUUACGUACCGGCGCUCAUCGAGUACAACAACUCGGUGUCGGUCGACAUUUACAACGCGAUCGAGCCGAUCGAUGGCAUCGGUGUCAAUGUCAUCAACGGCAAAUACCUCCGCGUUGCUCCGUACGUGGUGUUCGCACUCGUCCUCAACCUCUUGGUGGUGAUUCUGCUGGAUCACGGCAUCAACUACAAGUACUUCAAGAUGCUGCGCAAAAACAGUUUGGCGCGCCAAGCGGUCUACAACAGCACGUCGAUCCUGUGCGAUUUUCUCUGGGGCAUCGAGCCGCGCGCCCAUGUCAACGGCGCAGACGGCGCGAUUGUCCUUGUGCGCGCCCGGCGCCUCAGUACGCUCCAGUGGUUUUUCAUGUGCCACUUGACGUGCUUUUGUCUGCCGGCCAAAGACCUCGUGAUUCGAAAGAAGGCAACGCUGCAGGUCAAGAGCUCGGUGCGCUCGGCGAAGGCCAGCUCCGUGUGGGAUGCGUCGGCGACCGACACCUCGACGAUUGCAACGACAACGGAUGCCGACGAGGGCACGGAGAACAUGUGCCUCCUCGUCCAGGACUGGGACCGCAACAUCCACCUUCUCGACCACACGCUGACUGAGGUGACGAGCCUUGUGUACAAUAUCAAGGUGCUCAAGAACACGCGCGUCACGAUCCGAUGACUCGAGACACUUGAC